CUGCUCCCCACCAAGGCUGCCUUGAGCCAUGGAAGAAGGAGGCGAUGGGUGUCCUGGCAACAGAGCUCUCCAUGCUGGGGCCUGGCACAGGGAGUAUCUUCUGGGUGUGAGGGCAAGAGAGACAGGCAGAGUGACAGUCCGACACACCCACCCACCCAGCCAUACAACUGCGGGAGGAAUGAUGCUGGAAUCCAUUCGCGUCACUGAAAAACUUCACUGGCCUAAACAAGAGCUCUCUAAAAAGACAGUCUUAAAUCCAGAGGAACACAAGCUGGUCAUUAAGAAUGAAAACAGUCUUCAGCACCUGUCACCUGGAGUACUUAAGGACAUUUUCACAACAGGAACAAGUAGCUACAAUGUCCUUCUGCAGAGUAAAGAGGAGAAGAAACACCACUGCCAAAAGCAGUCAUCUGCACAUCAUAAAAGACACAGAAAAUCCACCAAGUUUUCCACCAGCUUGCGAAGCAGCGAGCACUGCAAGAUCAAAGUACCGCUGCCUUUGCUGAGCAGCGGGUGGUACUGUACGAGCAGACAGCCCUCUGUCUUUAUCACUAGCCCAAUGUCUAGCAGUGUAAAGUUUACGAAUGGUAUUUCAGUCACAGGGAACAGCAAAGGACUGCCACCUCGAACCAAAAGCAAGGCUAAGAGGCAUUAUUUCUCUAAUCUAGCAAAGCCAAAGCAGCCCCAGUUGUCAAAAAGCCAUGGAAAAGAGGGAGAAGUUUCUGGCCGAAAACUCUGUAUACUAACUGCCAUCAAGCCUUCCAAUGUAGAGAAAGAGAAGAUGAAAUUCUUCAAGUCAGAUUUUACCUACAAUCCCCAAUUUGAAUAUGCAAAUCCUGCAUUGCCAAAUGUAUUAGCCAAGCACAGUCAAGCAUCUGACAGAUUUCUUAAGCAGUCCAUCAAUAUUAUGGAACGGACUUUGCAGAAAUAUGGAAGCUAUGAAAAGUUUGAACAGGUCACUGGAGGCAGCCUGCUGACCAAGAGUCGCAUCUGGAAUCAUGUCAGGAAAUACAUGGUGAAAGAAGGCUGCCUGGGUGAGAUUGUGGUUCACCUCACCGAGGACCUGCUUUCUCGGGCCUCAAUGAUGGUAGUCAAUGGCCGUCCAACUCUGACUAUCAAUGUUUCCACUGCACGUGAACAUUGGCUGGAAGGGAUGCUGAGGCAUGAAAUAGGAACUCAUUAUUUUCGGGGCAUGAACAACAACAGCCAGCCUUGGUGCAAUUGGAAUGGACGUAAAAAGCAUGGUUUAAAGCCAAUCAAUCCUACUGAAGAAGGUUUGGCGAGUAUUCACAGUGUCCUGUUCCGAAAGGACCCUUUCCUGUGGAGGGCUGCCCUUCUCUACUAUACUGUCUAUCAAGCUAGCCAGAUGUCCUUCAGUCAGCUCUUCCAGGAUGUGGGGAGAUUUGUAAAGGACCCCAACACUAGGUGGGAUUACUGUGUACGAGCCAAGAGGGGGUGGACUGAUACAUCCCAGCCAGGCUGUUUCAAUAAGGAUCAAGUGUACUUGGAUGGCAUCCUCCGGAUCCUGAGAUAUAGGCAAACCAUUGAUUUUCAGUUGUUGACAGCCCUUGGAAAGAUCUCCUAUGAGGAUGUGGAUCGCCUGAAGGAAUUAGCUGUGAUUGAGAACACGAGGGUACCACACUUCAUGCAGGACCAUGCCCGAUACAUGGAACACUUGGAAAAGAUCAUGGAAGUCAAUGAGCUGACUGACAAGGAGCUCCAGGAUCUGAUAUGUUAAGUGUUAAUCUCCUUCACUUGUGUGCAGCUGAUUAUACAGAGCCAGACUUCAUCAGAGCUCACAAAAAUAGGAUUCCAUUUAUCUUGUUUAUUUGUUUGUUUUUAGCCAGAUUAAAAUAUUUAUUUCUGCAAAUUGUAUUUCCAAAAGAAAAACGCAAACCUUGAGCUACCCAUUUAGGAUCUUUCUUUUAUAGAAAUAAGGUUAUUUGAGGUUUCUUUCCAGCUCUCAUACUCUGAUGCACUCAGACUAUUGAUUUAGGUUAGGGAUUCCCUUGUGACCAUUCUGUAUCAUUGUCCUUCAGGUGUUCUGCACACAAACCAGUGAGUUUGAAAUUUCAUCUUUUUUAUGAUUACCGCUUUUGGAUUCUUUUUUAGAGCCAGUCUUUGGGAAUUUUUUCCCCCUUGGUUCAUUCACUUUGGCUUGAUCUCUGGUCACAAUCUUUACCAUACUGAGGUGUAGCAACAAAACCAUAGAACUGCUGUACGCUGCUAUAUCACUCUUUUCCUAAGUCUUUCCUGUUUCAUCCCGUUUGCUGCCCUGUAAAAUCCCUAAUAUUUAUCUACUCCUUCUUAUAACAACAUUGAGACUUUUUUCUUCUAUGGAGUUAAUUUGUACUACCAUACUUCAUAGCUAGUGUUUCAGAAAGCUAUAGUAGAUGUUGCUAUUUUAAUGGCUGUAAACAAGUUAAAAGUUGCCCACAACCUCAAAAGGGUAUGUAUAGCUGUCCUUUGUUAUACUGGACACAUCUACAUGUGCACUAAUGUGCCAUAAUUAUAGUGCAUUAAGUU